AUGGCAACCUUCGACCAUAUCGAGGAUGUCAUCGGCCAGCUACCUAUGCUGAAGAGCUACACCCAUAUCUUGCUGUGCUUUCCCCUCGCUGAGAGCCAACUCAAUGAAGCCAUCGAGAGCCUUGAAUCUGCUGUACGUCAGGUUAUAAAAACCUUUUCGUUCUUGGCUGGCAAAGUAGUCAACGAAGGCAAGGGACCCAACAGCUCGGGUACUUUCAGGGUCGCUCCCUGUGAGACGUGGGAGUCCCCAGAUCAUCAAUUUGUGCGAGUCGUUGAUCGCUCUUUCAUGCUGGCCUCCUACGAUGAGAUCCGCGGAGCACAGGCACCUGCUUCCAUGCUCCCAGGAAGUCAACUCGGGUAUCGGGUGGCUUUUCCAGCGCAUUAUCACGAGACAGAGGACGAUCCCGCGCCGGUCCUGGACAUUCAGUGCAAUUUGAUACGGGGCGGACUGCUACUUGACAUCGCUGCCCAACACAACAUUAUCGAUGCGAGCGGUAUCUUUCAAAUUGCCAGCUUGAUCGCUCUUUCCAUGCGAGGCGAGUCAAUUCCUGAGGAUGUCAUCAAGGAAGGGAACCGUGAUCGACGCAAUAUCAUUCCACUACUAGAGGCAGAUGAGCCUCUUCUUGAUCACAGCGAGCUCAAAGCCAGCAGCGCGGUGCAAAAUCCGCCGCCCGUCAACUUCCUCCAGGGGUAUAAAUGGCAAAUCUUCAAGCUCUCUGCCGAGGUGUUAACUCGAAUUACCGCUGAAGGACGACGACAGCCACAGGAGUUUGUCCCCUCCGUCACAUUUGUCUCGGCAAACGAUUGCUUGACAGCCUUUCUGUGGCAACGGGUGAUAGCCAUGCGCCUGAAGCGGCUCCAUACGCCCGAGGCCGUAUCCAAACUGAGCCGUGCUGUUGAUCUUCGGCGGGCGAUGGGCAUUACCCCAGCAUACAUGGGCCAUAUGAUUCGUGUCGCAAAUACUAGUCUCACUUUUCAAGAAAUUGUGGCAUGCUCUUUAUCCAGGCUUGCAUCUCUGCUCCGCAAGAGCAUCAUCGAUGUCAGCCAGCCGUAUGCGAUUCGGAGCUACGUGACCUUUAUUGCAAAUGAGACGGAUAAAUCAAAGAUUGCGUAUGCGGGUGCUUUCAAUCCUUGCACCGACAUGUCGUGCUCGUCCAUUGCACACAUCACUGCUCCUGAAUUCGGUCGUUUGGGAGCGCCUGACUUUAUAAGGAGGCCUACCUACGGGCCUCUGCCGUGCUGCACCUAUGUCGCUCCCGAUAAGAACGAUGGAGCUUUGGAUCAAAACCAGGCAUGGUCAGACGUUGUGAAGCGCAUCGGUUGA